UUAAACUAAUAUAGGGUAAUUCUACUUUCGGUUUAGCAAGACUUGUUUAGUAUCUUGAUAUUAUUUUACACAUUUAUAAAAAUUAAACGUAUAAAUAUGACAUAUUAUAUAUACUCAUUUUUAGUUCUUUGUCUCAGUUUAGGGAUGAUAUUUUAUACUCAAAAAUUGGAGACAUUACAGCUUGAGUACCGCUCGCUAUCUGCUCAUGUACAUGCCAUUCAAACAGAAACCGCCACCACUCUACUAUCUCUUAAAAAAGAAAUUGACGCUUUCCGCGCGGCGCUGAAUGACGAACAGAAAAAGAAAGACUCUCUGAACGGUGUAAUAGAUAAACUGCGGGCCGAGCUUAUCGAGGAAAGAAACAAGCGAAAACAUUUUGAAGAAACAAUCGCAAGUCAACAAACUGAACUUGAAAUAGUAAAGGUAGCGAUAACAUCUCAAGAACAGGGUCUUAAAGCUAUUGGACCACGCAUUGCAUUCUUUGCGCGGGUUUCUCCAACAAUUGUUGGUAUCGCACCAUGGGCGACUAUUAUAUUUUCGAACGUUGAAACAAACGAAGGUGUGGCAUACAACAACGCUACUGGAGAAUUUGUUGCCCCCAAAGCUGGUUUGUAUGUCUUCUUCAGCACGAUCCUGGCUGGUUGGGGACUUAUUAUUGAAACAGGGCUGCAGGUAAAUGGCAACAGCAUAAUGCUAAUAUACUCUGGCGGAUCCGCGCAAGCGUCUGGUAGCAAUAUGGCAGUGCUACCUCUCAAAGUUGGCGAUGUUGUUAAAAUGGUCAAAACCGGACCUUGGGGCACAACACCGUUUACAAUACAUCACUACUGGAGCACAUUUUCUGGAUUUUUAUUGAAAGCAGACGACAUAUGCAAAUGAGACGUAUCACGUUGACCGUCACGUUUACCCGUCGUUAAAACGGGUUUGGUCGGAUUUUAGCCACAAAAAUUAAAAUAUAUACUAGUCGCAUGGGUGAACUUUUCUUUGCCAGCUCUGAGGAAAAAAGUGAGCUGGAUAUUUGCUCCUUUGAAUUUGAAAUUCAAUCUCAGUGUUUGCUUGGAAUUCGGUGCUUCCAUGAUAUUCGCCUUUUAAGUGUUACACUUCAUUUUAAAUUCCUACCAUUGCCGAUAACCUUGUUAAAAAGGAAGAGUUUCAUUCAAAGAGCAGACCAUAUUUGUCUUCGUAGUACAUUUUAAAGGCCUCAGAAAUGCUUUUACUUUAGUUUCUUAAAAGUUCUUGGUGUACUUUUAUAGAACCCAAAAAGUUACUCUCAUUGGCCCAAAACCUGAACCAUUUUUUCCAUCUGUUGCUUUUUGGCAAUAAGUACAGUUAUAGUGAAUAAGUUAUCUGUAUAGAAGUCAAUAUACUACAUGUACUUUGUUUUCAUUUUGAUACUUUUAGAACACAUUGUUUCACAUUUAUCGCUACGUUUCUGAGGUAACAAACAUCUAACAUUUCUCUAAACAAUUAUUUAAACAUUAUGGAAUUCAUGUUUGCCAUUUCUUAAGAAGUAAACUGUAUCUGUUUUUGUCGUGACGCGGCUCACAUCUUAGUUUUCUCUCUAAGCUGGAAUAUUACCUUUAUGACAAACUUCAUCAAGUUCAAAAGUUAUUACAGUGUUAUAUUUUAUGUUACCUCAAAUACAGAAGUCACGUGCUCAUCCCGGUGCGUAUUAAAAUCUACAUGACUUCACCAGUACGUUGUCAUUUACUUGAAAUAAACUGGACUGAAAUGGGCACAUUUUUAUAUUCCUCAAAAGGAAAAGCAUAUAGUCGCCGCCUUAUACGUCCUUCCUUCCAUCCAUCAAUCCGUCUGUCCUUCCGCACGUCUGUCUGUUCGUCACACUCUUGUCCGGGGAAUAACAGUAAUAGAGACCAGUCAGAAUAAGUGCAGUAUCUAAGAACCAACUAUAACUAUAUAGACAAAUAACCAUAAGACUCGAUGUCUCGUCUGAGGAUACAUCAGGAGAUCCCUGGAUUAUCAAUUCGGUAAUCUCCAUUCUGUGCUUUACAUGCACGGAGGAGGAAGUGUUACACGUGAUGGGAAAUAGAUUCCGGAAUUGCGCGCAUGUUUCGGAUAAGUUAUAUUUGUGAAACGAGGGCAAAUGAAAGUAUAUUUUUAUGAACUGAAAGAAGGUAUUCUUACUGCAAUGCUUUCCCGCCAAAAUAAUUUCUAACAUCGAGAAAUAUCGUAAUAAAUUGGUCAUUUCCGGAACGUUAUUUUUUACAACGAUAUUGGUCGAUGUUUGAUUUUUUUGGCGGGAAAUCAUUACAAUAAGACUACCCACACGUUCUUUCUUAUUUAACUAGAUGGCAUCGAACUUAAUGUUAGCGUUUGGAUCGCAUAUGCAAGAGAAAACUUUAAAGAAAAAUGCAAUAUAUCUCUUCCACCAAUCAGUUUAAUUUGGAAAAUAAGUAUCAUACUAAAAGCGUAUGACCGCUGUCCCU